AAUCUCCCUCAGUUUACUCGAGCUCGCGGAACGGCUCGCUGCGCCAGUCAGUGAGCUCAAAACGGUCUUUAAAUGGAGUGACACGAGCACCAAAGAGCAUUAAUCACCUCAGGCGGGCUUAAACGCACGUUAAAAGUGUUUGUGUUGACUUCUGCGCGAUUUCCCUGCGAACAUAAUGUCUCAAAGAGUUCGCAAAAACGGAUCUCCGACGUCUGGAGUGACCGCGGGAAGCCCGAGCGGAUCCCCGGGGAUCAGCGCCGCUGGAGUGAAUUUACUGGGUCGCCUGCUGCCCAUGAAAGCCACGGUUCCCUUCCAGCUGAAAACGCAGCCACAGCACCCUCUACAGACACGGACGGUCCUGUCUUCCUCCUCCUCCUCCGGUAACGGUAAAUGCCACAGCAGCGGAGCCCACAGCCGGAGCCCCACGCGAUCCCUUUCCUCCUGUGCCGUUUCAGCAGCCACGUCCACUUCCUCUGCGUUCAUCACACCAGCAGCGGCUUCUUCCUCUCCCUCACCAUCAUCUUCAUCAAGAACUAGCCCCAUUAUCGUUGUCCACGCGACAAACCCCAGAACCGCUCACGCGCUGGUACCUGUAUCCUCCUCGUCCUCAGCCCACUCAGGUGUGCACUUGGGCCCGCAGUGCUGCUCCCCUUCACAGCAGACCAGCUGUGGCUGCUCGGACCCUUCAGCCUUUACCUCUCAUUUAUCAUCCUCUCCGUCUUCAUCCUCGCCACUGUGGUCUUGCGGUCACAGAGCCAAACCCCUCCAGACCCCCGAGCAUGACAGACUGUCUCCAGAGAGGCUCAGUCCCAGCUCACCUGUGUGCGCAGACAAGCAUAGACUUCCUGUGGCAGGGUCUUGGUGCACCACCAGCAGUAACGGUAGCAUUCGUCGCACCUCCUCUUUGGAUGCACUCACGGCCCCUUACCUGUCUGGACACUGGCCCCGGGAUGCCAGCCACGCCCCCUGUGCCCCAUGCAUGCGAGACAAAUCCACUCAGACCCCCAGCGCCUGGGCCGAUGAAUGCGGAGAGAAGAAGAGAGGCUGUCACAAGCGCUCAGCCUCCUGCGGCAGCACUGACCAGCUAAAAGAGAUUGUAAAGCUGAGGCAGCAGCUCCAGCGCAGCAAACACAGCAGUCGUCACCAUCGCGACAAGGACCGCAAAUCUCCCUUCAAUGGCAACCAUGCUGCUUUCAGCCAAUCACAGGCUCCAAUUCCAAAGAGUGUUCUGAUCUCUAUUCCCAUCUCCAAAUCCUCCGUCUCUCGUUUCCGGAACAGUGUGGAGGGGCUAAAUCAGGAGAUCGAGCGCAUCAUUAUCCGGGACACAGGAGACAGAGAGGAGCAACUUAUUCCUCAGGAGGUUCCAGACGGGCAUCGGGCUCCUCCUCCCCUGUGCCAGCGCAGCAUCGACACACAGACGCCCCUAGGCACGGCAACGGGCAGUAACAGCAGCAGCCGCUCUCAGUCCAUUUCACCCACGUUCCUGAGUGUGCCAAGCGAGUCCUGCAGUGAUAGUCCAUCGCCCCAUGAGGAUCAGACUCUGGCUGAUGGCCAUGAGAAAGAUCUUGCAUCCUUCUCACCCCUACCUAAAUACGCCUCAUCCCCGAAGCCCAACAACAGCUUCAUGUUUAAGCGCGAGCCUCCCGAGGGCUGCGAGCGAGUCAAGGUCUUCACAGAGGAAACACAGGCCAGGCCUCCACGAGAGAUCCCACAGUUCCUGUGUCCAGAUAGGAACAAGGUCAAUUUCAUCCCCAAGAGCGGCUCUGCAUUCUGCCUGGUCAGCAUUCCCAAACCACUGAUGGCCACACAGGAGCUCAACAACCUCAAGAACCAAAGCUCUACCCGGCUCACGCCCGAACCCGAGCCGAGAGUCCCACGGAGAACCUGCAUGCUGUCCCAGCAGCCCUCAGGCUCCGUCCCUUCCUCAUGUCUGUCAGAGAGUUAGACACGCCCUCCCCAAUUCAGUGUCCUAGCAACUGCAUUUCAACUGACUCUUGGAGAACGUUGGGUGAAAGUGUAACGGUUGCCUUUUGCUAUGCACACUUUUUUAGCUUUGUGCCCGUUCUCAAAGAACAAAGAGGCCAUUUUGGGGGAUCUGGGUUUGUAAUAAACGCAUUUAGCUUUUUAUCGUACUUUCCGUAGAUAUGAGGGAAAGCAUCUCAGAAUACCAAUCUACUGAGCUUUUUCUGGAAGACUCAGUACUGAGGUGGCUAUAUAGAUUAACAAAUGUAUAUUUUAUAAUAGUUUGCAGUGGAUCGAGUCAUUUCUUUCACAUCAUUGAAGCUAAAUGAUGACAUUUCAUACCAAGAGACCAAGAGACCUGGUAGAAUGAAUUCUGGGUUGAUGAAGGUCUCUGAAUCCCAAUAGCUGGCCUUUUCCGUUUAGCUCAGUCAGUCAGGUUUCUGCCUUUUCCCACUGGUGAUAAGGAGACAGAAAGGUGCUAAAGAUAAGAUUAGUAAGUGUGAGAGAGAGAGAUAGCUGGUUAACAGCUACACCAGAGGCAGCCUGUAAACCUGAUUCUUUUGUUUGCCUAGCUGUAAAAUGUGUUUUAAAUGCGUAUGGGUCUAAACUCUGAACUUCAAACCCAGCAGGGAACAAAGUGAGAGAUUGAGAGGAGGGCAUGACAGGCUCUGGGUGGACAGAUGGGAUGUUUUCACACCCCUCGCAAUGAUUAAGCCGUUUUAGCCAGAGGAGUGGUUAGAAGAAGGACAAGUCCAACAUCGAAAAGUCCGGUUAGUUAACAAUUCAGAACAUUCAUGUUGAUAUUGAAAACUAGUGAAAUAGUUUACAAAGUCAGAGCACAAUUUUGUCACUAGAUUGAUUUAAUGCAUGCAUUAAUUUCAGUCAAAUGUGUGUGCGUGUGUGUUUGUGUAUCAUUAGAUUUCAAGUGAUUAAAAACAGCACAGAUCUGGUCUCCGUUUCACUGUCUAAAUGACUAGGCUGCUGGAUUUUCUGUCAUUUUCAUCAUAGACUCUAUACCUCGUUGAGAAUUGAAACAUAUUUCCUGUGCUGUCAUUGUUUUUAUCAUUGUUUUGUUAGAAAGCAAGUUGGAUCAUCUUACUAUGCAGGUCACACCAGUGCUUCUGUAGACUUGGCCAAAGUGACAGUUUCCUGUGGCUCAGUCAGUGACAGUCGUGAAGAUUGAAUUAUAAGGGCACUUAAAGAGAGAGUUCACCCAAUAAUGACAAUUCAGUUAUCAUUUACUCACAUCGUUCCAAGGAGGACUUGCUUUCUUUUAAUGUCUCAGUUUUGUGUGCACUGUAAAACCCAAUAGUUUGAUGAGUGUAAUUAACACAAAAUUGACUAAAAGUGAAUUCUACUCAUUUGAAAAGAGUUUUGAACUCAGUGUUAAAGGUAAUGAUUAGUUAAAUACCUCAUUACUUCAACUUAAAUGGAGUAAGUUCACAGUACUCAUAUAGAUUAGCUUUUUAACUCAAAUGGUUUGUAGCAAUCAGUUUCCUCAAAUGGUUUGAGUUGACUUAACUUAUUGGGUUUUACAGUACUCAGUUGGUUUGAGUUCUCUUCAUUUAUUGGGUUUCACUGUGCUCAAAUUGCUUCAUU